AUGGUGUACGCGGCCAACCAGCACGAGACGCUACAGCACCGACACGCGCUUCUCUGCGGCAGCGACGUCGUCGUGCAAGCCGCCGCGUACGAUAGCCGCCGCCACCACGUGUGUCUCUACGUCACGGCCCGCGUCGUCGUGGGCUUGCCCCUUGGCGCGACCGAGGUGCGCACGGAACACAGCUUGCGGCUCUUCUCGCUCAAGCGGGAGCUGCGCAAGGUCGUGCUCUUUGGCGCCCUCGCGAAAUCCAAGGCCGCGCUUCGGAUGCAGCUCUGGUACGCGCCCAGCGCUGACGCCUACGUUUGUGUCUACGCCCAGGCGCUCUCGGGGAUGCUUGUCCUCGAGCCUGCGUCCCUCAACCUCGCCUUUGAGUUCCCCGGUACUCCUGCCACAGUCGUGACGCUCGGAGCGAUGGCCAGCGACGACCUCCUUCUCGUCACACGCAUCACAAGUGAGCAAGCGCCACCGAUGACGACGAUCGACAUCUGGAACAUUGCGCGUCUGACGAUCGCAGGCGCCUCGAGCUUGCUCGUCGAGACGCGCGCGACGCUUACAAGCGUUGCUGACGAGGUGGCCAUGGUCAGCAUGAGCAGUGCGCGCGCGUAUGGUAUCUUGCUUCCUCCAACAAGCGACGCCGCGCCCCGACGUCGGUCGUCGCUCAUCGUGUGGGACCGCGCGUCGCGUCAAAUCCUCAAGAUUCACAAUGGGUUUGACGAUGCGCUGCAGCUCGUGCUCCUCACGCUCUGCGGCGACUGGCUCGUCACUCUGCACGCCGACGGCUCCAUGAACUUGUGGAACGCCAGCUUCACACACAGCAAGCUCUACGCCGUUGGCUCCCCAAACCCAUUCCGAUGCAUGGGCGGCGCGCCGCUGCCCGGUGCGAGUGUCGUCGAUAUCGUGCCAGUGCCGUUGGCGUCGACGAAUUCGCCUUCGGAGCUCGAGCUGGACUUGUUUACUAUUCACAGCGACCGCUCCGUGCAACAAUUCCGGUUUCGCGCCGAAGCGCCCACAAGCGCCGAGCUCAAUGUGUACUUUGACUUGCUCGGAGCCUUUGACCCUCAUGUGCAUACCCCCGUGACGAGCAAGACGGCGCGCGCCUUUGGUCUCGCUGUGCAAGUCGACAUGGGGCACUCGGUCGAGCACCUUUUUCUCGUUCCGGUCCAAAACACGGUCCACGUGCUCAAGGUGCAGAGCCUCGCCGAGUCGCUUUACGUGCUCGAGCCUCGCCUAUCGCUGAGUCGUCUCGACAUGGCGGUCAUCGAUGCCAAGCCGGUCGUGCUCGGGUGGACAUCGAAAGACACGGCGUAUCUCUUCUCGCUGGCGGCACCCGCGACAGCCACCGUCGCUCACGUCCUUGCGCCGAUCGUGACGUCAGCGUGCUUGACAAGCAUUAGCCUCUGCCUGUCGUUUGUACUGAUCGGCUUUAGCAACGGUCUUAUCCAGGCCUACGACCAAACCAGCGCGCGGUACAUCGGGCUUUUUCAGGACCCGCAGCUGAAUACUCCCAUCUCGGUGCUUCUUAUGCUUGCGCUACCGACGCACGUUGCAGUGCGCGAAGGCGACAGUGCGUGGGGUGGGAAGCUGCGCUCCAAAGCGCGCCUUGCAAGCGCCUCGCACACGGACGCACCCACGAUGCUGCUUGCGGGCACGAGCGAUGGCUGGCUGUAUGGCUGGCGGACUUCGGGACGCAGCACCAAGAUUCAGGAGCUUCAAGCCACUUGGCGCUGGCAAGCGCACGUGCAUCACGUUCACACGCUGUUGAGUGUUUGCGUUGAUAGCCGUCACUUUGGCGUGCUCUCGGUGGCAGGACCGGGCCACUUUAAAAUCUGGGACCUCCACGCGCCCCCUCCCUCGAUCGUCGUGCAGCACGACGGUAGUUGCCCUAGCAAAGCGCUCGUGACCUCGGCUUGCCUCUUGACGGAGCAUGCCAAGUUGCUCUACUUGAUCUGCGGCUACGAAGACGGAGCGGUGCAAGCGUUUGAGAUUGUCUCGCAGCUCCACGCUAUCGAGGCCACGUCUGCGUCGACGUGGGACGUGCAGUGGCGGCUCCUUGCGUCGGUUCAGCCGCACGAGCGGCGCGUCGCGUGCAUUCGGCAAGUCCCGCACCCGGGCCACCUCCCACCACCACUCAACAUUCUCUUCAACUGCGCGUUCGCCACGAGCUCGUACGAUGGCCAUGUCAUUGUGUGGGUCAUCGACUCGGACGCCCGGACGAUCGUCGAGCGCCGGUAUUUUGAGCUGUACGCACCGGUGCUCAGCGUCUUUGCAUACGGCGACUUCCUGGUCGUGGGCCUUCCGACCGAGAUCUGCCGCGUGCAGUAUGUUUGCAACUGCCCUGAUAGCGAACGCCGAGAGCAGACGCCAGACACAGCGCCAGCGUCCGUGGCGUCACCGGUCAUCGACGUCGCGCCGACGUCGCCGUCGUUGUUCAACAGCCACGCGGUCAUUGUCGUGCCAAGCAUCGCCCGCCUACCGCAAGAGACCCCGCCGGGGCUGACGCCGGAUGCGAUCAACAUUGAUGUCUUGUCGGCGCCGCCUAUCGAGGCGCUCAAGGACAGUCUCUCGAUGUCCGAGCCCCCAAGCCACUCGCCACUUACGAAAAUUGGCAGUGCUACCCAAGCGAUCUACGACUUUGCGAAGGCGCUGUACCGAGAUGUGGGCGACGAUCCAUCUCAGAUCCACGUGGCUGCCGGAGAUCUUCGGCGCGUUUACCGCACGUGGCAAGGGCUCUCGCCGACGCCACUGCGCAGAAUCUCGGGAAAGGAAGUCUCCGAGUACCUUCGCCGCCGUCACUGGCAACUCGAGACGCCAGUCGUCUGGCAGGACAUACUCGAUGCGCUGUAUGCAUUCGCGACCGAGCCCACGACGACGCAGGAACGUACCCCGGGGCCCGAAACCCCGUCCAGCACCACGAAAGCGCUUGUCUCGUACAACAUUCUUGGCGAGAAGCAUGUGACGUACGUGCCAGUGUCGACCACGCCUCUGCCCUCCUCAUCGGCGAUGUCGCGCACUCCAGCCAUGCCCCGGGUCAACAACUCUCGACCGGUCGUUUCGCCGCUGGGAGCAGCAGGGCUGCGAACGCCCAUCGUCUUGCCAAAGGAGCUAGCUGCGUAUUGGCAUUCGCACGUUUGCUGGUGCAACCGCGUGCUCUCGUGGCCUUCGACACCCACCGGCCCCGAGACGGACGCUAGCAUCGAGGGCAAGUGUACAAGCUGUCGCCACCGCCGCAUCUCGCUCUCGUCUCCCGGCGACAGUUUUACAGAGCGGGCAGUGAUUGCGAUCAUCUAUCACAUCUACCACAACAUGCACAUGGAGCGACAACACGCAGCGACUACGUCGCUUUUGCACGUCACGUUUCUCUGGUUUCAGCAGCGGUAUGGCAUGCCGUCGGUGGUCGAGCACAAACUUUGCUGGUUCUUGCUCUCCGUCGUCCAGUUCGAGUCGACGCUCGCCAUCGCAGCGACGUUUGGCGCGUUUCUCAACGUGCACGACACGUCGCCGGUCGUGCCAUUGCACAUCCAGCAUCUGUACCUCGAUGGCUUUGACUGGCUGCAUGCCCGGCGCUUGGUGCAGCAUGGUGAUCUGCUCCCAGGCGCCGACACGGUCCAGCCGCUCGAGCUAGUGUACGGCGGCCGCCAUGCGCACUGGGAGCGCGUCUCGAUCGCAAACUGCCAAGCGUGCACGCAGGCACUGCUCAUUUACCCCAAAGUGCCGCCGCAGUGGGUGACGCACACGAUGACGAGCGCUGCAGAAACCGCGCAGGACGGUACGGUUGAGAUCCACGCAUUCUUGUCGCUGUGGAUCCGCGAGUGGCGCGUGAGCUGCGUCGCGUACGAGGCCGCUGAGUUUUACCUCUUUGACCCGACGUCCCACCCGUCGAUCCGGGCUCUGGACGUCGCCUUCCGAAAGCUCCGCGUGCUUCUCGACUGCUUUGUUUACUGCGACCGCGCCCGCGACGGGUGUGUCGAGAGCGACAUGUUCAUAUCCAUCAUGACGGGGCUGCUCAAUUUAUGGCCCGCGUGCGAUGUCAACGUCCUCGACGAGCUCCACCGGCUCAUCGACCGGUACCACGACCAUGACCACGACGGCCACGUGUGCUACUUGGAUCUCUUUGCGCUCCUCUACGUUGUGGCCAUCAAGACGCGACUGUACUUGUCGUUUCCGGAUAUUCUAGAGUUUAGCAGCGGCUACAAGCUCGAGACGGAUGCUGCGUUUGAGGGCCACGCGGUUGCGUAUGCCCAGCACAAGCUCUUUGACGGACCACCAAUUGGGUUGCACGCCACCCCAUCGAGUGACGCGGCCUCGUCGCGCCGCCGCCUCCAUGAGCUUUCGACCGACACCUUUGACUGGGCGCACACUGUGCUGUUGGACCGCAACACGGACGUGCAGCUCAACGAUCUCGAAAUGGUCGUUGGGACUCCUGCGAGUCGCGCCAAAGUGUCAACCGCGCAGUUGCAUGCGCACGUUCCGACGGCCCGCCACGCCCCCCACUCGGUGCUGCCAGCCCCGCCGUACGUUCCAGCUUCAGCGACGACGAAGGAGAGCGAUAUGGCAUCUGCGCUUCUCAUGCGAGAGCUUGUCGAUCGCACGGGGACACCACCCGAAGCAGUGCAUCCGACGCCGGUGCCAUCGACGCGCCAGCGCCGGGUGAAGGAUGUAGCGUCCCCGCCACCGACUUCGAGUACAUUAUACAUUCAGUUUCCCGACACGGCGCCGUACCGCGUCCGGUCGGCUAUCGACUUGGAGCUGCCACCGACACCCGAGGAAGCCCCACUUGUCAACUACGACGAGCCUCAAGUUGUAUGGCGAGCUGUCACCGCCCCGGCGUCGCGCAAGGUAUCGGCUGUCGAAACACCAGCGAUCGCUACCGAAAGCAGCACCAUCGACGACGCCGCGUCUGUCGCUUUGUCGCCCCCGGGGGACGCUGAAGGAGAUACCUUUGUGACACAAGAAACAGUUGCGGCCUUGAUUGGCGCAGAAGAGGUCGUCGAGGAAGUACCUUUGAUCGAGAACGAGACGGUCAAACCGCAUGAGGACGUCGUCAUACCCGCAGAAACGGUCAACGACGCGAUUGCCGACGCCACAGAGGCUGCCCGCGAGCCUGCUCGAGAGAUGACACCAGAAACAACAUCGGUGCGUGAGCCAGGGACCGUCGUGGCGCCCGAGCGCGCCGUGACACCUGCGGCCAUAUCGACCCAAGAGGAGCUCGUGAACGACCCUGUGUCAAUCGAUACGGACGUGCCGGACGAUGGAAACGACGAGGACGACAAGAGUACGUCAACAGAGAGCAACGACAGCGAAAGUGAAGCUGACACGUCCGAGGCUCACGAAACACUGGAUCCACCAGCAACGGACGAGGCAAGACUGUCCAUGGAUGAGCCGGCAGCACCCAAAGAGACGGAAGACGAGGCUCUACUUCGCAUGCAGGAGGAGCUCCUUGCGAUUGAAGGUCUUCUUCCGGACGAGCCGAUCGCGACGCCCAAGAAGCGCUACCCCAUGGUCAUCACACGCGUCCCUGAGUUUUCGUCGACGGAAAUUUUACCCCUGGGCAAGCACGACAUUGCGUAUCCCGACUACGCGCCGCAGUACUUUCGGGCGCCUGUGCCGACGACUGCUGUGCUGCGCCAAGACUUCGAGUGGGAGGUCACGGAUGUGGACAAGAGAGAGACGCGCGACAGCUUCAAGCCCUACGACGUGCUCCAACGCCUCUCGGCAUUUGACGCUAUGUACCCGUGGGCGCCGGUGGCGAUUGAUUUUACGCCGCUCCCGACGCCAGAUGUCUCGGACGACGGCGACAGCUCCAGCGACGAUGGUAUGGACAAUGACGACGAUGCGUCAAGUGACGAUGACGACGAUGCUACGGGCUCGGCGUACAGUCCUGAAGCGUCGGAACGUCGUGGCAACAACGAUGAGGUCGACGUGGUUCGCGCCAAAACGCCUGCCGCGGAGAUCGAGUCGCCGAGAGAGAAUCUAAGCGACCUCUUGGACGCCGAAGAGGCACGGCGUCGGCGUCGUAAGCUCAAAAACUCGAGCUCCGUUGGCGACGAAUCGCCCGUCGUCGCGACGACCGCGCAUGUUCCGACACCCCGGCGAACGUUUCUGUUUAGCCAUCCCGUGGAGCUCAAGGCCAAGGUGCUGUACAAGAAACGAACGUCCGUGUCGUGGACGCCAGAAGACGCGUCUGACGAAGACGAGAACGAAGACGCCGAUGGCAAUCGCUCGACGCAACGCGAGGUUGAUCGCUCCAUGUUUUACGGCGACCGCAACGUGUCCGGGGACAUUUGUCUCUCUGCGCGCCUCGAGUCCAACCUCCAGCACCGGUGGUCUGCGGCGUUCGAGACGGAAGAGCGCGGUAUUCACCACACGCUUGUGGGCAUGGCGCCGCCGUCACCGCCCGAGGUCGUCUCGACGCUGCACAACAGCGAGAUGUCGUACACGCCGUCCGAAGACCGAAAGGCCUCGGCGCAGCUCGCACGCAUUCGGCGUCGCACCAAGCGGCGGCUCUCCAUGUUCCGCUCCGAACGGCUUUUGCGGGAGAAGAACUGCGCCGACAUUGCGUUGACGCUCGGGGACGUGUGGCACGGCACCGUGGCACAAGGCAGCACGCUGUACUUCAGCUAUGAGAACCAGGACCCAACAUCGAUCGUGACCUUUAAGCUGCACUGCACGAGCGGCAACGCCGAGUUGUAUGCUUCGACGACGACGCCCGCGCCGUGCAGCAGCGACUACGACUGGCGCGCCAAAGACGUUCAUGCGCCAGGCGCGAGUGACAUACAUCGCACCAUCGUCGUGUACCCGUACGACAAGCUCGUCAAGCGCAGUGUGUUUCACUUGGGUCUCCUGGGCGUCACGGGCGACCCCUGCUAUGUGCACCUCUCGGCCGUGUCGUCGGGGCAGUCGUUGGACGUGACCGAGUCGAUGGAGCACGUUGGCAAUCUCAUUGCGACCUUCAACUCGCUCGCCAACCUCGUCAACCGGGAUCUCGACAACCACCGCGCGUCCAGCGACGAUCUCGCGUACACGGGGCUGCGAGCGCACUACGAAGCGAUCCAGCGCCGGUCGACGCACGCCAAGCCGAGCAUAGAGCGCAUUGCCCAAGCGUUCGUGGGAGACCGCGCCACGAGCUCCGCCGGCGCACCAGUGACAGUGACCGAGGCUGAAAGUGACGCUCGUGGUUUUCAAGUUCUGUUGGAGCGCCUCGUCGACUUCAACGACGACGCCUCGGACACUUACGACGACGAGGACAACGACGAGCAUCAUGCUGGUCGUGGGUACGGCGACGCUGAUGAGCUCCACCGCGAAGUCCCCGCCUCGAUUCAAGAAAGCCGGCGAGAGUCGUCAAUGGCGCUGCUCAGCGCGCAGCGGCAGAGUGCGGUCGAUCGGGAUUCGCUGCGACCUGCGAUUCAGAAAAUGGUCGCAGAUCGCCUUGGGAACGUCGCUGCUCGUCGCGCUCACCCGUCUAGUGUGCGAGACCCCGCGACGCCAAGUCCGAUCGCGUAUAGUCUCAAGCCAUCGAAAGCUAAGCACCGAGCUAUUGACACGCUCCUUGGGGACUAGAUUCUGACAUCUGAGGCGAGAUGCCUAAUCUGGUAAGGCCGUAUGCCGAGCAUUCUUGGCCCCAUCUAUUUGCAGUUGUGCUGCGUGCCGGUGGUUGUGAACCUAA